AUGACUCAAGAUCAAGAAGAAUCAUUCCCAGCUACCCACAAUGAAUUCAGAAGUGAUACAUUCACAGUCCCCACCCAAGCCAUGAUUCAAGAAGGGUUCAGUGAAGCUACCUUUGGUGACUCUGUCUAUCAAGAAGAUGACAUCACCUUACAACUAGAAUCGAAAAUGUGUGAACUCACGGGGAAACCAGCAGCAUUAUUCUGUGUAAGUGGUACCUUAUCCAACCAAAUUGGUCUUCGUGCCAAUCUUUACCAACCACCUUAUAGUAUCUUAUGUGACUAUCGUGCCCAUGUCUUUUUACAUGAAGCAGGUGGGUUGGCUGCAUUAUCACAAGCCAUGAUUCAUCCUGUUAUACCUUCAAAUGGGGACUAUUUGACUUUUGAAGAUGUUGUAAAUAAUAUAACUUGGGAUGAUGGAGAUAUUCAUGCUGCUCCUACAAAGGUUAUAAGUUUGGAAAAUACUUUACAUGGGAUUGUUAUGCCAAUAGAAGAGAUUGCGAAAAUUAGUAAAUUUUGUAAAGAAAAUGAUAUAAAAUUACAUUUAGAUGGGGCUAGAUUAUGGAAUGCAAGUGUUGCAACUGGUGUUAGUAUAAAAGAAUAUUGUUCAUAUUUUGAUUCUGUCUCCUUAUGUUUAUCGAAAUCAUUGGGAGCUCCUAUGGGUUCCAUAUUAGUUGGAGAACCAGCUUUCAUUAGGAAGGCUAAUCAUUUCAAGAAACAAAAUGGUGGUGGGAUAAGGCAGGCUGGUAUAAUGACCAGUAUGGCCAUACAUGCAAUUGAACAUAAUUUUGCCAAACUUAAAAAAUCUCAUGAAUUUGCUAAACAAAUUGGGGAUUUCUGUAAAUAUAAUGGAAUUAAAUUAGAAGCACCAGUUGAUACUAAUUUUGUAUUUAUUGAUCUUAAAGCUAAUAGAAUGGAUGAUAGAUUAUUGAUCAAAUUAGCCAAAGAAAAGUAUAAUGUUAAGUUGAUGGGUGGAAGAAUUGCUUGUCAUUUCCAAUUGUCACAAGCUAGUGUGGAUAAUGUCAAACUGUGCAUUUUAGAAUGCUUUGAAUAUAAUCAAAAACAUCCUUACAUUGCCGAUGGGAAGAACAAUAAGAAGAUGUAUAAUUUCGACGCUAUCAAGAAGUAA